AUGGCGCAGCUUCACACCAUGGAGUCCCGCACUGGCCGCACCAACCAGCGCUACGGCACCAAGGGCGAGCGACUGGUGGCUGGUGUUGUCCCACUGUCCCCCGAUCAGACCAAGGUGUUGAUGAUCCAAUCUGCCGGCCCCGGAGGAUGGGUGCUCCCCAAGGGUGGCUGGGAGACCGAUGAAGAAGCUGCCGAAGCUGCCUGCCGCGAGGCCUGGGAGGAAGCCGGUGUGGUCUGCACCGUGCAGCGCGACCUGGGCGUCAUCCCCGACAUGCGCGCCUCGGCCCUGCUGACGGCGCACGCCCCCAAGGCUUCUUAUCAGUUCUUUGAGGUCACCGUGGACGAGGAGCGCGAUGACUGGCCUGAGCGGUACAAGCGCAAGCGUCAGUGGGUCAGCUACUCGCAGGCUGCGACCGCGCUUGCCAAUCGCCCCGAGCUGCUGGAGGCGCUCAACCGCAGCUCGCUGAAGCGCUAA